UAUUUGUGUUAGUUUGAAGCUCAAAUUAGAACAUAUAACCUGUCAACCUUUUAUAGAAGUCACUGUUAGCUCGACUCAAGAUGUUGUAAAAGCAUAUAGUUUGUUAAAACUGCUAAAAAAGGCUGAAUGUCUGAAUAAACUCGCACCGCAGAUUAAAGGCAUUACAAGGAUCUUCAUUUUGUUUUUCAGUGAGUAAUUCUACUAACAGCCGAGUGGUUUAAACUUUCCAAACGAAUCGUGUCUGUGACUCCUUUUGAACAUGACUGCUUCAUCUUCAUCACCGGGCUCUGGUUUCCCCUCUGAGGCUCGGCAGCGCUUUGUUUUCCUCCAGGAAUGCCACACUUUCCAAAACAACUCAGUCUGACUCAGCAACGCGUGUUCAGAGCCUUCAAACCGUCCUCCUCCGGAUCUUUUAAACAUUUUUUUUUUUUUUUUUUGAAGUUGCAACAGAAAAGGGAAAGGUGUUGUGCGUCUGGAUGUCUUGCAAAGCCAGAAAGCGUGUUUUCUUUGUCGCAGUGAUUGACAUCUGUAGGUGCCGUGUUCCUGCUGCUCAGACUGCAUGGGGAUUUCAUGUGCCCUCUGUCUGCUCCCUGAACCCUACCAAAUCCAGCUCUCUGCUUUUGGUUAGGCAGGAAUGUCCGCUCGCCUUCGCUUUGUCCAGAUCCUUUGCCCAAAAAGCUCUCCAACCCCCUCCAUCUCCUCCUGGAGCCCAGUGACUCCUGGAGCAGAAAAGCCAUUAAAUGAGUGGAGCUGGGUUUAGCCCACAUGAGCAAAUAAGCUACUGUUUGAAAGCUGUCUUUGGUUUGCUUUUGGGAAGGUGGCAUUGACAAAAAACAAUGUUUGAGCUAUGAAACCCGUUUGUCCGAGUCAAAUAGAUUGUUUGAGAUCUGCUUUCCCUCUUGUCUUUAUUUAGAUUGGAGGGUGGCACAUUUUACAGUGUGUUCACAAGGGCUGCUGUAAAAGUCUCGGCUGAGGACAUUUGGUCCGUCUACGGAGGAGUCUUUAACCUUCUUCUGUUCGGAACCUCUCGUGGGCCCUUAGCAGGAGCUGAACUCGCCGUUGGAGCAGUCACACCUGCUGUACGGGGGGUUCACAUCCCGAAGAAUUAAAAGAACACUGUGAAAGAGCUCGUUUAGCUCCCCGGUCAUCUUGGCACCAUGAGUUGGAGCUUCCUCACUCGUCUGCUGGACGAGAUCUCCAACCACUCCACCUUCGUGGGGAAGGUCUGGCUGACUGUGCUCAUCAUCUUCCGCAUCGUGCUGACAGCCGUCGGCGGGGAAACCAUCUACUACGAUGAACAGAGUAAAUUUGUCUGCAACACGCUGCAGCCCGGGUGUGAGAACGUGUGCUACGACGCGUUUGCUCCGCUCUCGCAUGUACGAUUCUGGAUCUUCCAGGUGAUCAUGAUCACCACCCCCACCGUUAUGUACCUGGGCUUCGCCAUGCACAAGAUCGCCCGCUUUGACGACAGCGAGUACCGGCUCGUCCGGAACCAGAAGAAGAGGAUGCCCAUCAUCACACGUGGGGCAGCUCGAGACUACGAGGAGGUUGAAGACAACGGAGAGGAAGACCCCAUGAUCGCUGAAGAGAUCGAACAAGAGAAACCCGACAAGGAGGAAAAAAGCUCAGAGAAAAAGCAUGACGGCCGUCGGCGGAUCAUGCGUGACGGCCUGAUGAAGGUCUACGUGUGCCAGCUGUUUUGGCGCUCCUCCUUCGAGGUCGCCUUCCUCUUCGGCCAGUACGUCCUCUACGGCGUUGAGGUGAUACCCUCCUACGUCUGCACUCGCUCGCCGUGCCCGCACACCGUGGACUGCUUUGUGUCGCGCCCCACGGAGAAGACCAUCUUCCUGCUGGUGAUGUACGUCGUGUCUUUCCUCUGCCUGCUCCUCACAAUCUUAGAAAUCAUCCACUUGGGGAUCGGUGGCAUCCGAGACACCUUCCGCAGGCGGGCCGUGCGCGGCUCUCGCACCCCGCUUCCAUCCUCCUCGCGUGCCAUGGCCACCGCUCCACCAGGAUACCACGCCACCAUGAAGAAGGAGAAGCUGAAGGGAGAGCUGAGGGACUCGCCAAUAGGCAACUCCGGGCGGGAGAGUUUUGGAGACGAGUUGCCGUCGUCCAAGGAGCUGGAGCGGUUGAGGAGGCACCUGAAGCUGGCCCAGCAGCAACUGGACCUGGCCUACCAGGCAGAUGAAGGAAUCCCUUCACGAAGCAGCAGCCCCGAGGGCAACACGGCUGCACAGACGGCCGUCGAGCAGAACCGCCUCAACUUUGCCCAGGAAAAGCAGGGGGAGGCAAGCGAGAAAGGAAUACAUGCCUGAGCCUGCCUCCUGCCUCAAACGUCUGUUCUUCCAUUCCUACUGGCCUUACACCCCAUAUGGGAGUGCAGUCAGACCACUGAGGGAGCCCGAAGUGUGUGUGUACGUAUGCGCGUGUGUGUUUGUGUGUGUGUGUAGAUGGGAGAAAUAUGCCUUUCAGUAUUAGAGGUGAGUCAGAAAAGAAAGGGAGAAAGGAAAAAAAAAAAUGCUGACCUGCCAUUUGUAUUGCGACAAUUGGUUCAUCUCCACGACUCUAAACUUGAAAGCCUGCCACAUCUCGAGUUUCUGCUUGUUGACCUGCGUCCAAACCUUGACUGUGCCUUUCGGCUAAAAACAUUGUCUGCACCCACUCUGUGUUUUUGUGGCCAUUCAAUAAUCCUCGUCCAUUUCAGACCUUGAAAGGAUUAUCGAAAGCUUAAAACUCCUCUGGGCCAAGUGUACUCCUGUUGUCUUCAGCUCAAAAGAGAGGCUCUCUGUUUAUACAACGCCGCCGAAUGUUAACGUCUCCUCUUUGUCGAGGCUCGUCUGCCUCGGAGAGAAUCUGGUAAUGUCUCUUCUGGAGCGUGUGCAGCAGCAUUUCUUUGCAAACCGAGGGCGGCUUAACCUGCGCUGGAUGAGUCAUGUUUAAUUUAAACAGAUUUGAUGUUGGGGAUUAUUGGUGUUUCUUAUCCACAUGCCACACCAUUUCAGAAAUAUUUGACAGAAUUUUGAAGCCUGUGUGUUUGCUCGACUCGGCCAAAAUGUUUACCUGGGAAAUGCUUGAAUUCUUUAUCGACAGGAAAUGUUCCAAGGAAUUUCAAAGAAUCAUUUUUUUUGUACAAUCAAGUCAUUUAAAGCCCUCCAUAUAUUUUAUUGUUUUACUAUUUCUUGUCCAAAGCUCCAGAAUAUUUACUUUUGGCAUCACUAAUGCCACCGAAUUCUGAAAAGUAGGCUGGUGGAUGUUAGUAUAUCCCUCCCUUAAAUUGUGUCCAAAUAAAAAUGAUUCAUCACAAUGUUCAUCCUUGCAGAAAUUGAAACAAUAAUUCCUCAUUUUGUGGGUUUUUUGCUCACCGGCUGGAAACAUCUGUCUCCUGUUCUACCGUCAACAAAGAAAUUCCAUCCUUGUCUUUUUGAAAUUGGCGUUCUUCUUUGGUGAGACACAUUUUCCAGUCUUGACGUGUGCACCACCAGCCCUCCGUUGUGCUGAAACAUGGACGCUUUCAUGUGUCCUGGAAAAAAAAAAAAACCCCAACCCAGCUGACGCACAGCCCGUCGCCAUGUAAACACGUAUAAUCUUAAAUUAAUGGUGAUGCUUCUGAUCAAUAGCUUUCCGUGUUCAUACAGAGUUCACACUUUUCAUAGCCUGGUUUUAUGGUCUUUAGCUGGAAUAAUGAAACAUUGCCAAAGAGCGUUUUGAUACUGUAUUUUUGUAAUCAUCUCACUAUGACUUUUGCUACUUGUGGCACGGUACGACAUUCCAUUUUGAAUAUAUUUCGUCAAUGGUUAAUGCAUUUCUUUUUUUUCUAUUGUAUGUUUUGUAGUUUUUGUAACUGUAGAGAUUAUUUUGUCUUCAGAGUAAAUAAAUAUAUUUGAACGUUA